AUGUAUUCAUUGUCAACGCAGGUAUUAGUAACGCUCACGCCAAGGUUUUGGACACUACAAAGGAAGAGUUCCUUAGUCACUUCACUACCAAUACUCUUGGACCAUUCUUUUUGCUCCAAACCUUUUUGGGUUUGGAGCAAAAAGGGUACUCUGAAAAAGGUGAUUUUCGUUUCUAGUGCUGCUGGUUCUGUAAGCGUGGAGCCUAGUUAUGUUAGCUCCGCCUACGGUAUUUCUAAGGCUGCACUCAACUAUGGUGCUAGACAGAUUGCUCGUGAUCUCUCAGAGGAGAAUUUUAUAGUGGUCCCUGUCCAUCCAGGGUUGGUUGGUACUGAUUUGCUUUUCAAUGCUACCGAGCCAUUUCUCAAGAGUAACCCACAUUUUAAGGAUUUUCUUGGCCCUGAAAACUACCUUACUCCUGAUCAAAGUGCCAAGGGAUUGGUGGCUUUGAUUGAGAAGCUUAAGAAGGAAGACUCCGGCAAGUUUUGGAACUACGAUGGUACUGAGGUUCCGUGGUAG